AUGUUCAGCGACAAUGGACGAAAUUUCGUGGGAGCCAAAAGAAGUCUUAACGAAAUGGAACAAUUAGUUCAAUCCCAGCUGCACAAUAACAAGAUAGCAGAGGCGGUAUCGAUCGAAGGCAUCAACUGGCAGUUCAUACCGCCACAUGCGCCUCACUGGGGAGGCAAAUGGGAAUCGGCUGUGCGCUCUGUGAAGCUUCAUUUACACCGAGUAAUCGGCCACGCCGUUCUUACAUUCGAACAAAUGCAUACGUUGUUAACACAGGUGGAAGCGGUGAUCAAUUCAAGGCCUCUUUGUGCCACUUCCGAUACAGACGUUGGAUAUCUUUCGCCCGCUCACAUGCUGAUCGGUCGUCCUUACACCACAGUGCCAGAUGGAGAUUUGGACCAAGUGCCGGCAAACCGAUUGGAUUACUGGCAGCAAUCUCAGGCCAUGUUGCAAGGCAUUUGGAAAAGGUGGCAUCUUGAGUACCGUACGUCGUUGCAGCAAAGGCCAAAAUGGUUAAUGAAAUCGGCAAACCCGAAGCCUGAUGAUCUCGUACUAGUAAAGGAUUCUCAUACUCCUCCGGCUUCAUGGAUCCUGGCCCGCAUUAUCGAGACGAUUCCUGGCCCAGACGGUCUACUACGAGCCCUUAAGUUAAAAACAGCUACAGGAGAGAUGACCCGUCCCAUAACCAAGGUGGCUCCCCUGCCAGUUUCAGAAACAUUGUUUCAGGGCCCGUUGUUGAGGAACGGUUGCUGA